GUGACAGUGUUUUGCCUCUUUGAUUUAAACGUGUGAUGGAGUCUGCGUUUCUCACCUUUAUUCUUCUGUCUUUAUUUGCGGUAUAUUCCUCUCACAUUGGCUUCACAGAAUGGGAUGAUGUUGUGGUGGCUAGAGAGGGCAUGCCCACCACUUUGGUGUGUACUGAUAGUACAGUAAGGAAUGCUGUGACCAUAAACUGGAAGGUAAAGUCACAUGGUGCACAUGAAUGGAAACUGGUUCUCUCAGCUAACGCAAUGAUGAAUCUAUCCGGUAAUGCCUCGAAAGAGUCCAUGCGACUGAAAGACUCUAACUUUCAAGACACCGGGGUUUUCUCUCUGGUUCUUUCUCCCAAAAUGGAGGACAGUGGCCUGUACAUAUGCAUGAUAAAGCAACAAGAGAUACAGAAGCAGAGGAUUAUCCUCUUAGCCACCCUUACAGUCAUGGUCAUCCCUGCGCCAACCAUUCCUAAGCACAGCACCCUGCGGCUGAUUGCUAGAGUUAACCCUGACUUUGCCGUCACCAAAAUCACCUGGGUGUCGCCCAAUGGCAUUUUCAUGAAGAGCGAGACAGUGCCAAAGACCGGCACAGUGGCUAAACUGCCACGGGUCACUAACAGCGCGGCCUAUAUCUGUAUGGUUCACCCUUUGGGUAACAGCAGCAGCAGCAGCAGCAGUUUUUCCCCCUUCAAUGUCAACGUGAAUGUUGAUGCUGACAAAGAGGCCUCAUUCACCAAUAUAACACGCGCUAUGAUCCAUACCGCCACACAGGCUCAGACGUCCUUCACCCUGACCUGUCCUGGGGUCCGUGGGGACUAUGUCCGGCUGCACUGGCAACCCCCAGACGCCAAGAAAAAGAACAUGAAGAUUGUGUAUGAGUAUGAUCGCUGGAGGAGUUCCACCAUAUUGACUGAUCAAAGCAAGAGACUCACACUUGCUGGCCCACCCUACAACGCAGAGGCUGGGAACUUCUCCUUUCUACUCAUCCCUGGAAUCAAAGAUGGCGGCCUCUACGUGUGUGAAGUGUUCCUCAAUGACAACGCCUUCAGCCAGAGGACCCUGCUCAGCGUGAUGAAAGUUAAAACCAAGCGUUCACCCUCUAAGCUGGAGUUGGGUUGCCAAUACUCGGAGCAGUCCCACAUCCAAAGUGCCAAGUGGAAACUGCAGAAUAAGAGUCGCCAGCUGCGCAUGACAAGCAACGGCCCUGGCACCAUCACCACCAGUGUACCCUUACCCAUCACCCCUGACACAGCUGGGAACUACACCUGCACCCUGAAGCUGAAAACUGGGCAGACCAUCUGGGCGACGCAAGCUGUCACACUGCCCCCUAAAGAGAUUGUCAGUGUCCCCACCCCCCCCAUGCUCCCUUCUCUCUCUGCUUUAUUACUCCUGGUGCCCCUGGUUGCUGCGGCUGUUGGUGUGUUGCUAUGGAGACAGAAACACAUUUCUGAUCGCGGUAUUGAGCAGUCUCUGUCUGUCCACUCGGGUGAAACAGAGAACAUCUACGAGAAUCCAGAAGAUUUCAGACAGGCUCCUCCCCAGGGCUCAGUCUACAUGGAUUUGAAGCCAAGAGGAGAGGAUGAUGUCUAUACGGAACUGGAGCGAUACGAGCUGUGUCAGAGCUGAUCACCUACCCACAUCUCAUCCUCAUACAGCUGUCACAUCCGCUCAGUUCCCAUCUGCAGCAGAGGGGCUUUAUAAACAAAAGUAACAACUGAAUGUCAGAGUUGGGACUUAAAGAAAAACUUCAGUGCUUCAGGGAAAUGCUAUUCAAUUGUUUCAAUGUUUGGUUUUUUUUGUAUUCUAAGCUACUGCUCUUUAUAAGUUCUCGGAUACUGAUUUGCUUUAAUAUUGUGUUUUGAGGCUGCGCACGGAGAAGAAGGGGAAAGAUUUUCUCACAAGGCUCUAAAACUAGUUCCAAAUGUGUGAAAGUUAAUACUGUCUCAUUCACUGGUUUCAUGGACACUGUUUUACUUACUUGUUAAACAUUUGGUACUGUAACAAGUGUCUUAUUGUCUGAUAUUUGUGUUUAAGCAGUGGUGGAAGAAAUAUGCAGAGCCUUUAUUUAAGCACAAGUGGUAAUACCACAGAAAAAAAGUUUUUUCAAAGUUCUACUUAAGUAAAAGUACACGUAAACACAAUGUAUCUGAUAAUCAAAAGUAAAAGUAUUCAUUAUGCCAGUGGUUCUCAAAGUGGGGUCUAGGGACCCCUAAUCAACCCCUAAGCAAAAUAAUUUGUUUUCACUAUAAUUCCAUUCAUAAGUAACACAAUGACAAAAUAUAUUUUUUGGUCAGGGGUUUCAAACACUUUCUGUAAUAAAACAUCUAAAAUCCAAAAAUCUUAUCAGAUGGGAGACCCUGGGACAAAAUCUUAAUAAAUGGGGGUCCAUGAUCUAAAUUUGUGUCAGUCAAGGGGUCCUUGAUGUGAAAAAGCUUGAGAACCACUGCAAUAUGCUAAAGUAAUGACUUAUUUGAUGGUGUUUUAUUUCAUAUAUAUCUGACUGAGUCUUGCAAGCCUCGUCAAUUUGUUUUGAAAAAUGGUUUAGAAAGGAAUUUCUGAAGUUUGAAAGAGCUAAGUUAGAUUGCAACACUAAAAUGAAUGAAAAAUGAAUUUUAGAAAAAUACUUCAAACAAGGUAAUUGGCAAUGAAAACAGUCUGGGAUAUUCUUACAGCACUAGAUUUUUUUUUCCCCCAAAAUCAAGGACACAGUUAAGGUCUAAAAUUGCUCAUCAAGUGAAUUUUGUGCACUGAACAAUGUAUCAUAUUUGACAAACCGUUCAUAUAAUUUGAAUGUAAAAAUCUCAAUAGCCUAGGUAAAAUAACAAGUGCUUAAGGGUUCACAAAAAGCAUCAAUGUACAAUUAGAGUAAAAAGUAUAUUUACGUGUGUAAAUAUACUUAA